UUUGUUUAAUGCGUGUAUAUUGUGUGGUGUAUGUAUCAUAAACUAUUAUCAUGAAUAUGAUAAAACUCCACAUCAGGCUAUAGUGUUCUCAUAUAGUUUUUUUUUUAUAUUAUAGUUCCAUGAUUAUGUAGAACAAAAUUAAACAAUAUACAUUUUAUAUAAUAAGAAAGAUUAUACAAAUCAAGUGGUGAAAGAUUCUUGAAAAAAAAAAAAAAAAACGCACUUGCUUCUGCUGACAGUGAAAUGUGUACAAGAUUUGUUACAAUUUCCAGUGUAUGUUAUAUAUGAAGAUAUUUUUCUUUUUAAACGCGAAUUAAAUUUUCAAUAUGAUGUUAAUUGUCCCGAUAACCUUCGACCAUUGGAGUUGAUUUUUAAUACGAUUACCUUUAUCCUCAUUAAUGACAUAUGCCUUGAACUUACAUUUUCAAUGUCAACAUCGGAAUAAAAUUUGCGGUUAGGAACGCCUUCGUAAUAUUUUGCCAUCAGUGAAAUAAACUGGGAUUUUGCAAUAAUUAUUUACUGUUAGUCGAGAAAAAAAAAAAAAGAAAACAAUGAUACGGAAUUGGGAAGUUAUCACAACGUAUGGAGAAACCAAACUUUAUGUUUUCAUCAUUGUCUCAUUGGCGUUUUAGAAUAUUGAAAAAAAAUAAUAAUCUUGCUCCAUUAAAAUUGAGUGAAUUUGUGGCUAAUGAUUAUAAACAUUCAAAGGUGUAAUUUUUUAAUUUCAAUUAUUAUGUAAAUAACAUAAAAUAUUGUCUAUUUUGUGAAGGGAAAAACUUGUUAUUUUCAACAUAAGCAAAAUGGGUUCCAUCGCUUUAGAGGAAUAUGAAUUGAUGAAAGACUCAAAAUAUCGAGUCUAUGUAUCGGCGGUGGACAAGGCAUUGAAAAAUUUCGAAUACACGAGCGAAUGGGCAGAUUUGAUAUCAGCCUUGGGGAAAUUGAAUAAAGUGUUAUUGAGUCAUAUGAAAUUUCCUGUUAUUCCAAGAAGAAUAAAAAUUUCGAAAAGAUUAGCACAAUGUAUGCAUCCAGCAUUGCCUUCUGGAGUUCAUCUCAAAGCAUUGGAUACCUACGAUAUCAUUUUUAAAUGUAUGGGAACAAAUAGACUCAGUCAUGAACUAUUUAUUUACAGUGCUGGACUUUUUCCAUUACUCGGCAAUGCGGCUAUGAAUGUGAGACCUUCAUUGUUGACUGUUUACGAAACUCAUUUUGUGCCCCUUGGUGAAAGAUUGAGACCAGGACUAAGUGGAUUUCUCAGUGGAGUUCUUCCAGGCUUAGAAGAAGGUUCCGAUCAUUUUGAUAGGACUAAUUCUCUAUUGGAAAAAGUGUGUGAUGGUGUGGGCGCUGAACAUUUUUACGCAUGUUUAUGGGAUUGUUUAGCGUCAAAUUCAGGAAUUCGUUUGCCUGCUAUUUUAUUUGUUUUGUCGCAUUUUAAUAAAAAACUGCCAAUGGAAGAACAACUUUAUAUUAUGGGAACAAAAAUCGAAAUAAUGAUUACCGCUAUUUGUGCGGGCGUGCAAGAUAGUUCUGUUUUGGUCCAGAGAAGCGCUUUAGAUUUAUUACUAGUCGGAUUUCCUGUCCACAAUAGUCAACUAUGCCGGGAUGACAUGGUUUCAUUAUUAACAUCAGCUCUAGUCACAAUUUUACGAAGAGACAUGAGUUUAAAUAGACGAUUGUUUGCUUGGCUUUUGGGAAGUGAAGUGAAUACAUCGAUACUUAAAAAAAAGGCAGAUCCAGUUGCCACUGAAACUUCGGCAGCUUAUUUUGAAUUAUAUUCCAAAGGCAUGCUAAUUGAGGCUAUAAAAUUGAUGCUAAAGACAAUAUGCGAUGAAACGCCACAGGAAUUAAAACCAUAUAGGAUUCUUGUUUCUUUAUUAGAUAAAGCAGACAUUGGUCCUGUUAUUCUUGAUGAUAUUCUCUAUGAAAUUUUUAGGACAUUUUACAAUGCAUGCGAUCAAGGUGAUAAAAUUCAAAAAUCCAACGAAGUAGUAAAAUCAGCGAAUCUUUUAUUCUCAACCCUUGAGCCAUCGUACGUUUGGACGCAUUGUGGUGUUCUUUAUGAGAAAGCAUGUAAAUUACGAUUAAAUAAUCGUGAAUAUUCCGAUGCAACUGUAAAAUCAGUUGGCAGUGGAAUGCCGGGUUUAAUGGAAAUAUGUACUCUCAUGGAAUUUCUCCUCGAUACAGUGUCACUUGAUGCAUUUAUCGAUGCACCGUCCGAACAUUUACCAAAAUUAUUUCACGAUAUUAUUAUAAAUCUUUUAUAUCACGUUGAUAUUUUAUUGCCAAUGGAAAUUGAAAAAAGUCUAAGUUUAUGUGCAAAAAUUCUCACAAAAGUUCAAUUAACCGAAACGGGCGCAUCAUCAUCAUCAUCAUCUGCUGCCGCUAAUGCUGCUGUUGCUUCUUCUUCUUCUUCUUCGCAUUUAGAGAAACGUGAACAAGAAUCAAAAUCCGAAGCCAUCAAUAUUUCAGUAUCAAUAUCAAAUGACAAUACCCUAUCGGCAAUACCACUUGAAAAAAGUCAAUCGGACAGUAAAUUAAAUAAAGCCGAAGUUAAUAGUAAUCUUGAUCGUAGUCCAAGUCCAAGACGACGAGCAAAUUCAAGUGGCGCUGCAAAAAAACAGGAGAAAAAAUCAAAAAAAAAAGCAAGUAAAAGUUCAUCAAAAUUAAAUGAUGUUUCAACAAUACAAACUGAUGUUAAUAAUAUUGCUGUGAUUGUUUGUGACAAUGAAAAAAUAUUAUUGCCACGUAAUAAAAGUAUGGAAAAUUUAAAAACAGAAUUCAACGAAAUUGAAAGUCAUGAAAAUCGAACAAAUCUCAAUUUAACGAAAAAUACAUCAUUGGGAUCAAAUGGAUCAAUUAGUAGAGGACCAUCACCAGGAUUAAGGGCACAGCAUUCAAUGUUGGAAAAAUGUUUACGUCAAUAUGAGCAAUUUUAUGUGAAAUUAAUUAUCACAAGAAUUAUUAAUCGUGAACGUUCUGUUAUUGAAAUGUUCGAUGAUUUAAAAAUAACAUGUUUCAAGGAUAAUUUUCAAGAGAAAACAAGAUUACUUGAAUCAUUGCUCAAUUCGAAAAUAACACAUCAAGAUUCGGGUUACUUUAGUCAUGAUCAAAAUUCAUUGGACGAUGAUUUAGUAAAGAGGGCCGAUAUUUUUUCACUUAAUCUCGAGUCAAUAACAUCAACAGCUUGGGAGGAAGUUUUGAAAAUUGGUUGUAGUCUUUUUGUUGAAUUAUCAACAUUUCCCACGUAUUAUUUAACUGGCGAUGGAUUAUUGACUGAGGAUGAGCCACAGGGUAAAAAUAUUUUGCCAGAAUGGUUAAAAGUUCUUGUUGUUUGUUCAUGUUGGUUGGGUAAGCAACCGUCAUUACAAAUGACGAGUAUUGCAACACUAUUGGAUCUCAUUGCUUUAUCAAAGGCGCACGGUGAUUUUAAACCACAUCAACAUUCCGGUGAGGGUGUUACUUCGGUUGUGAUGUUACCAUUAUUGAAACAAUGGCAUAUUUCCUAUCUUGAGCAGUACACAAAUGUUUUUCAAGUAUUGGCACAUUCGCUGUGGCAUCAUUUGGGUGAAUUGCCAGCGCACAAAUAUCGAAUUCGAUGCGUUGAAUUGCUUCAUGAAUUACAUCAUACUUUGGAGAAAUCGUGUGAUGCUGUGGAGGAUGUAAUUGGAUCGGCGCUGAUGAAUGACAAUGUGGAGAAAAGAAUUGAAGCCUUCGAUAGAUUCUCGAUGCUAUGGCACCUUGGACGUGAAAUCGAAACAAAUCCACGACUUCGAGGUUGUUUGCGAACUUUUGAUAAGUCUCUAUUAAAAAUGUUGGACAAUUUACAAUUACCCGACAAUUCACCACUAAAACUUCAAUCGCAAUCGUGGCUUCUUCAUAGUUUAGUGAGAGGUGAUAUAUCACGUGUUGUCACACCAGUUCUCAUGAUGCUUCUUGAUCCAUUAACUUGUCGAAUGAGUGUUCUUCAUGUUAGUAUUCAACAUAGUAAUAUUGUAUUGACAAAAAGUGAUCCAAUUGAAGAAAAAUCAGAAUUUCACGACGACACCGAGGGAGCAACGAAUAUUUAUGCAAUUAGUUCCGUUGAUGGAAAUGUUAUUUAUCAUGUCAGUAAUAAUUCCGAGGAGGAUAAAAAAUGUCGUAAGGGUAAAAAGAAAAAAAAAACAAUUAAUCCAGUUAAAGUGAAGAGAAUUUUUGCCGUCACUACAUUAACAUCAGGUGAAAAUGGACAUCGUUAUAUUACUGAACGUAAUGAAACAAUGAAAGAACUUGAGGUACCAUCGAGUAUUGCUGGAAAUCGACGAAUUUCCGUUUUUGUUAAUCCAUUGUCAUUGAAUGGUACGGAAAAUUCAAAUGAUUCACUAACAGAGGAGGAUUCAUUAAUGGCAGCGAAAAAAAUUAAUGCACCAACAUCUGAUUUAUUGAAACACGCAAAACGAUUUAGAAAACCAAAAUUUAAUAAAGGCUCAACUGGAAGUUUAGAUGAGAGUUUAUUUGAUACGACAAAUUCAAAUUCAAAAAUAAGGGAAAAAGAUGAAUUGAAAAAAUAUAAUGGCGAUAUUGGUUCAUCAUUGGAUUCAUUGGCAAAUAGUUUUGAAUCAAGUAGUCCUGAAGUUACGGUAAAACAACCGAAAAAUAAUAAUAAUAAAAAAGAAAUGAUGAUUAUUCCAGGUAGUGAUAAAGAAAUCGCUGGUACGAUUUUAAAGGGAAAAUAUCAAAAUACAUCGAGUGAAUUUAGUGGUUAUGAUGUUAAUGAUGUUGGGAGUUUUGAAGCAACCAGUGAAAUUCCAAGUUGGACAAUGGGAGAUGAUGAGAGUGAACUUGAAGCCAGUACAACAGCCGAGGAUUAUUUUAGUAAUUGGAGUGCAAUCAGUGUUGUUGAAGAUGUUCUCAAUGAUGUGAUGGAUCGUGUUAUGUUGAUUUGCGAUGAUUCAGAACCCGCUAAAAUUUCAGAUGAUUCAAUGCAAAUGGAUACGGAUGUAAGACGAAAUGCAGGCGUUGGAGUUCACAAUCUUCAUUCGCACAUGUUACUUUAUUGUGGUGUUUAUGAUUCGGAAAGAACUCUCUAUGCUCUUCGUACAUUGCGCAAUGAAUUGUUGACAAAUGCAAGAAUGUUUUUAUGUGCGGCCGCAACAACUGGUAUUGCCAAUAAUACAAAAAGUACAGCAUUAUUAAAUCUUCUUGCCAGACAUCGAAAAAGUAUAUUUGGACGAAGUUUUUAUGGCGAUGUAGCGAAUACAGAAUUUUUAGCAGCCUAUCGAAGUAGCAUGUAUUUGGAAGUAUUAAUAAGUGUAUGCCUUUAUUUUGCCCGAAGUUACUAUCCAAAUCUUGGACAAAUGCGACUCACACAGGAGGAAAUCUCAGGAAACAGACAAGUUCAAUUGUCGAGUGUUGAACUAUUGACACUCAUUUUUUCCGAAUUAAUUCCAAUUGCACGUGAGUCUGGCAAAGGAUUCAGUUGCUAUAUUAUUGAUCUUUUGACAAAAUGUAAAGUUCAAAAAGUGGCACUUCACUGUCUUGCCUCCAGUGUAUUGAAUAUGAAGAACGCGCAAAAAGAUAAUGAAGACGCAUUCACAUUUACUGAGGAAAUUGUCGCCUUCAAUGAUCCUCAAGCGGAAAAUGAUGUUAAUAAAUGUAAAUGCAGAGCCAGCGAUCAUACCGAGGCUUUUCAAAUGCAGUUACUACGAUUAAUGCUUUCAUUAAUAAUGCUCGAACAUCAAAUUGGUGGGCAAAAGGGAGAAGAAAUCAGUUCAACGAUUCCAACAACUUUAUCGUCACCAUCGCGAGUAACACAUAAUCUCACAGGAAAUACUUUGAAAUACGUCACAGGAUCACCGAUUCCACAACAACCCAUGUUUCUUGCCAGUAUUAUAAGCGCUUUAAAAUUAGAUCACAUGAGACAUUUGCAUCAAUAUUGGACGACACUUGUGACGUCGAGUCUACCAUUUAUGGGUCCUUCGUUGACGCACAUUGUCACAUCUGUGAUUCAUCGAUUGUGUUGCAAUAUCGAGCAAUUGGCAUCUUAUUAUAUUAAUGAGGAAACAGUGUCUGUUACAAAAUUGGAAAAUAUUACAAAUGUUGAGUGCUGUCUACCAGCAGAUUAUACAGUGACUCAUCUUGAAGCUUUGACUUUUCUUUUACAUUAUUGCCUACUUGAUACAUCACAACAAAUUGGAUUUUCAUUUAAUCAUCCGCUGAGCGGUGCAAUUCAAACCGGUGUCUCUGGCGUUAAACCCGGACAAAUUUUCAACAAUUUACUACAUGUUUUUAUGCCAAGUCCACUUUCACCGGAUCUUGGAGCGAUAAAUAAAACAGGAUCCAGUGAGCAACAUUCUCAUGCGAGAAGAACUGCCUUGAGUCAUUUGCCGCGAAUAAUUGCUUCUCUUUCGGCCCUGUGGCAAGCGGUUUUGGCGACAAGAGACAACGAACAAGCAAGUUGUGUUGUCGGAAGUCCAAGAGUUGUCAAACAUCAACUUCUUGAAUUGCUGUCACCAAUUUCAUUUCAUCAUGGAGUGAAUUUUCUUGCUGCUGUUGCUGUUGCUUGGCACGAGAGACGACUUCCUUCCGUUAACACAAAAAGAGUAAUACCCGAAGCCUGUCCAAAUCAACAAGUGAUCGUUCAUUUGGUGAGCGCAAUUCGUGUAAUGCCAUUUGAUACUUUAGUUCAAACUGUUCAACAAGUUGUAAAAGGUCCACCGCCAAUUCAAGGUGUUAAACAAGAUUUUUCAUUGGAAGUUUCAGUUUUAGAAUUACUCUAUGUUUAUAUGCAAAGUAAUACAUCACAAUCGCUCGUUGAAUCGUGGACUUCUUUACUUGGUUUAUUAAAAGAUGGAUUAUCAUUAACGGCACCGGCACAAUUUCUUUUGCUUGCAAUUUUAAAUGAAUAUGUGCAAAAAUGUCCUCCAAUGCAGGAGAAAAAGGAUAUUCGCGAUUUGCAAGAUAUUUCUGCUAAGUUAAUUGAAUCUUGCUCGCAAAUUGCUGGCGCAUGUUUGGAGCAAACAACAUGGCUAAGAAGAAAUUUGGCAGUACGAGAAGAUGCUUUUGAUGUUGCUGAGAGUACGUCCGAAGGUAAAGAAGGAAAAAGCGGUGCUGUCACACCGGGAACACCGCCAAAUUCUGCAUACAGUGUUCAAGCGCAAACUGUUCUUGCUGAAAUUUUGGCACCCUUAUUGGACGUUAGUUAUGGAUCACAAGAAAAAGAGAGAGUCGCAACUUUAUUGACAAAUCUUAUGUAUAACGUUACACCGUAUUUAAAAAAUCACACGACGAAAAAUAUCGCAUCUUUCACUGCCUGUUCACAACUUUUGAGUUCGUUGUCAGGAUAUCAGUAUACGAGAAAAGCGUGGCGUAAAGAUGUUCUCGAAUUGUUGCUAGAUCCUGCAUUUUUUCAAAUGACUCCUGCCUGUUUGCCAUAUUGGCGAACAAUAAUUGACAAUUUAAUGACACACGAUAAUACGACUUUCAGGGAUCUUCUUAAUAAAGUUUCUUUGGCACAGAGCAGUAGUAUCAGUAUUUUUUCAUCUAAGGAACAAGAAUACGAACAAAGAGCACAAUUUUUGAAAAGACUCGCUUUUGUCAUACUUUGCAGUGAAAUGGAUCAAUAUCAUAAAUACAUGCCUGAAAUUCAAGAACGUUUGGCAGACAGUUUGCGUCUUCCUCAAGUGAUACCGUCAAUUCAGGCACAAGUGUUUUUAUGUUUUCGUGUUUUGCUUUUGCGAAUGUCGCCGCAACAUGCGACUUCCUUGUGGCCUGUAAUUGUUAGUGAAUUGGUUCAAGUUUUUCUUCAUAUUGAACAAGAACUCACCACCGACACUGAAGAAUUCAGUCGUCAGAGCAGUUCGCAUAUAAAACUUCUUUCGGCAUUGGACUCGUCUUGGGCCGUUAAUGUGAGUAACGGUCUUCAAGCCCACGGUCAUCCACAUUGGUUGCAACUUCAAUUGGCAGCUGCAAAAUUACUUGAUUUGGCACUUUUGUUACCAGCACAUCGACUUCCUCAAUUCCAAAUGUACAAGUGGGCUUUCGUUGGCGACGCUGCAGCAAUUGGCACAGAAAAUAAUAAUUUAUCUUCUGAUUUUGUUCCACAUAUUACCAGGAUAGCAAAGCUAAUGGAUAAUAAGUUUCAGGAAAAAAUUUCACAAUCAAGUUUAUCACCAGUCGGCGAAUUAUUGUUAACGUCAAACAGCAUACGUACUUUACAAGAUCUUCACAAAUUUUUCACCGCACUUAGUAAUAGAUCCGGAGAUACUCGAGGUCCAUUGAAUGUCGCACAAUUGGAGACUGUCAUUGAACAAGACUUCCUAGAGAAAAUGCCGAUAAUACCAGCAAGAUAAUAGGAAAUGUUUCUCGUAAAUAAAGGUUUAGCUUUUGUAUAAUAAUAAUAAUAAUAAUAAUAUUAAUAUUAAUAAUAAUUAUAAUAAUAAUAAUAAUGAAUUGUAGAUAUAAUAAAUUAAAAAAAAACACACACAGAGAGAAUAAGAUAUUUGCUAAUAUUGAUUUAAUUAUUUAAUUUGCAAAUAUCGUAUAAUAUAUUCUCUUGUGUAAAAAAAUAACAUUUUAUUAUUUAAAAAAAAAUAUGUAUGAAAAACAAAAUCGAUUUUUUUAUAGAACUAUAUAGAAAUUCGAUUUUUUUGCGAAAAUUUUUAUCACAUUUUUUUUUUAAAUACAUUUUUAAGAGAAAAAGAAUCACAUCGAAAAUAAAGAAAAAUGUUCAUUAAAAACAUUUUCAAGAAAAAAAAAA